AUGCGAGGCCCGCGCGGGACAGAGCGAGAUUUUUGCGAGUUCGUCAAUGUACCGCCAGCGAGUUCGCUUUUUCCCCUGUGCCGGAUUGGUUAGUUAUUUUUAGUUAUCUUUCAAUGACUGCUUUUCCAGUUCUCUCAAACCAACAGGGAAUUUUCCGGCAUUUUUUUCAUUUUUUGGCAUUUCAUUUUUCUCGCUUUGAAUGUCAUAUUAACAUGUUUCAGUCAGUUUUUCGUGACCUUUUGAAGUUUUCUCUUUUUGGUUUUAAUCGAUUUGUCACUCCAAACUCGGCUCCGCUGUAUGUUUUUUCAUUUUGUUUUUUUUUCAAUUGAAAAGCAAAUAUUUUCUCAAAGUUUCCUGAUUAAAGUUAUUUUUUCGAUACGUUAUCGUUCCUCGCGGUAAUUAAGGACUGAAAGGCUGAAUUUGAAUGAGCACUACUGACAUACAUUUGCGAAACGACUCAAUUUAUUGCUUUUUCUUGACUUUUUGAGACACUGACCUCAGAACAGUCGCGAGAGGCUCUCUUUCAGACUCUCGAGGUCCCGUAAGUCCUUGGGAGACGAUGGGAGGUUCCUCGAGAGUCUGCGAGCUGUCGUGAGGAGCCGUCCCAAUUUGACCGUGACAGCGAGGUUUUGGAAGUAAACCCCGCUGUCGUAGUCCGCCAGCCUCUUCAGGAUCGUUGUGCCGACUUCGCCGGCCGUUUGCGGGGCCAGAACAGCCAACGCGAUCGGCUGGGCGUCCACGGGCGGUCUGGGCUGGGGGCCAGGGAGCUUGUUGCCGAUCCUGCUCGACCUUUUGAGGACCCCCAUGACCGCCUGGGCGCGCCGUUGCUGAAAAGAUAUCGUUUGUUUUCAUAUAUCCAAUAGAAGAGAAAAACGGAACGAAACUACUGAAACCAAUCCAAUCUAAUUUUUUUUUGCAGUUAUCGUUCUUGUUAUUUUUUUUAAAUCAUUGAAAAAAUAAUCAAUUCGUUCGAAUUUUUGCUCUAUGACUCUCGUUUUCCACAAGGUUUUUUUUUCAUUUAACUAAUGUUUAAAGGAAUAGUUUUUGAAAAAUAUUUCGUGAAUUUUUUUUAUUAUAUAUGAGACUUUUUUUCUGAAGUAUUUUGCUCGAAUUCGGAACAACAAUCGUUUUUUUCUCCAUGAGAAUUUAUUAUUAUUAUUUUUGAAUUUCGCGUCGGUUUUCGUAAUUAUUUUUCAGAUUCGACUUUUUUUCGAAAUCAUUGAAUAGGGCUGUAACUUGUAGUCUAUGAUUAUAUGAAAACGCAAGCAGCUGGAGUUGGAAGAAGAAAAAGCUUGGUGUUUAUUUCUAAUUUUUCUUUUUUUCAAACUCUUCUCUUCUCUGAUAUUGAAAAAAAUUCAAUCAUAAUUUGUUUAUUAAUAUUGAUGUUUUUUCUUCGUUUUUUGAUUAUUUAAAAAGGUAAUCCAAAGAAAAAAAUAGAGAUACUCUGGUAAAUUAGGAAAAUUUUUUACAGAGAAGUGCUCGUUUUCCUAGAAUUUUUCCUAGAAAGUUUAUCAGAGCUUCCGGUUUUCUUUGUUUCUAAUAAGCCUACGAUUUAAAGUAAUACUUCUAGUCUUUCUUUUGGAAUAGCCGCUUAAUGUUUAAAAAAGUAGCGCAAAAUAAGCUUUCUUUUUUGAAAACUUUUUUUUUUCAAAUAAUUUUCUCAUGAGUAAUCUUGUUUUCAAAUCUAUUAAUUUAAAGAUCCUGAAUUUUUGCAUUUAAACGUAUUAUAUCUCAGUUCACUUUGAUCGUGUUCUACUUAAUUUUGCAUUCCUAUGGAGUAAUGAAUCUUUUAAGCAAGGCUGGCAAUGAAAUUGAUUGGAAUUUCAUUUUUCAAUCCAGUGACAGGUAGAAGAAAAGCUUUAUACAUAAAUAUCAUGAGAAUUUUAGCCGUGUAGUUCCGUUUUUCUUUUUCAAGUAGAAAGAACUUCAUUACUAAAAUAAGUUACAGUUUUUUUCAUCGCGAUUUGAAAAAAAGAUAAUUUGAAAAAAACUAGUUUUUCCAAUUACCAACUUCAAGUAUAUUAAUUAGAAAUUUUUCAACUUUCUUUCAUUUCAGAUUCAUGCGCGAGAAUUUCCCGCAAGGACAAACGAUAA